AUGAAAAACCAGCUCCGCGGCCCCCCAGCGCGGGCGCACAUGUCGGCUUCGGGGGCGGCAGCGGCGGCUGGGGGCACCCGGGCGGGGUCCGAGCCCGGUGCGGGGUGUGGGUCCAGCGCGGGCACCGGGGCGAGCGCGGCGACCGGAGCAGGGGCUAUGCCCUGCAAGAGCGCGGAGUGGCUACAGGAGGAGCUGGAGGCGCGCGGCGGCGCGUCCCUGCUGCUGCUCGACUGCCGGCCGCAUGAGCUCUUCGAGUCGUCGCACAUUGAGACGGCCAUCAACCUGGCCAUCCCGGGCCUCAUGCUCCGCCGCCUGCGCAAGGGCAACCUGCCCAUCCGCUCUAUCAUCCCCAACCACGCCGACAAGGAGCGUUUCGCCACGCGCUGCAAGGCGGCCACCGUGCUGCUCUACGACGAGGCCACGGCCGAGUGGCAGCCCGAACCCGGCGCUCCAGCCUCCGUGCUUGGCCUGCUCCUGCAGAAGCUGCGCGACGACGGCUGCCAGGCCUACUACCUCCAAGGUGGUUUCAACAAGUUCCAGACAGAGUACUCAGAGCACUGCGAGACCAACGUGGACAGCUCGUCCUCACCAAGCAGCUCGCCACCCACCUCAGUGCUGGGCCUGGGGGGCCUCCGCAUCAGCUCUGACUGCUCGGAUGGCGAGUCAGACCGAGAGCUGCCCAGCAGUGCCACUGAGUCAGACGGCAGCCCUGUGCCAUCCAGCCAACCAGCCUUCCCUGUCCAGAUCCUGCCCUACCUCUACCUCGGCUGCGCCAAGGACUCCACCAACCUGGAUGUGCUCGGCAAGUAUGGCAUCAAGUAUAUCCUCAAUGUCACACCCAACCUGCCCAACGCCUUCGAGCACGGUGGCGAGUUCACCUACAAGCAGAUUCCCAUCUCUGACCACUGGAGCCAGAACCUCUCCCAGUUCUUCCCUGAGGCCAUCAGCUUCAUUGAUGAGGCCCGCUCCAAGAAGUGUGGUGUCCUGGUGCACUGCCUGGCAGGCAUCAGCCGCUCAGUGACGGUCACUGUGGCCUACCUGAUGCAGAAGAUGAACCUGUCACUCAACGAUGCCUACGACUUCGUCAAGAGGAAAAAGUCCAACAUCUCGCCCAACUUCAACUUCAUGGGGCAGCUGCUGGACUUUGAGCGGACGCUGGGGCUAAGCAGCCCAUGCGACAACCACGCACCCAGUGAGCAACUCUACUUCUCCACACCCACCAACCACAACCUGUUCCCACUCAACACGCUCGAGUCCACGUGAGGCCUGGUGCACUGGUGGGCAUGGCACCGGGCCCCUAUCCAGCCCUCCACAGGGCUCUGGCCUGAGGAACCCACAGACGUCGCCUGUGCCCAGAGGCCCAGGCUAACUGGUGGCCGGACGCCCCUUACCAUCCUGUGGGAGCAGGGCCCACGGCGAGGCCUCCCUCUGCAGGGCUGCUGGAGAGGCCUCAGCUCGCAGACACAUGGCUUUGGGGAGCCGACAGGGCCUCAUCCUUUUCUAGGACACUCCUUUCUGCUGAUGGCCCGGCCAAUUUGGCUAUUUUUUAAAGACACAUCCAUGGACCUGAGUUUACUUUUUACUUUUGGCAGGUAAAUCCAAGCUCCCUGGAGCACAGAGAGUGUUCAAGCUCUUCUUGAUUUUUCUUUUUUUAACGAAAAGUGUUAUUUUCAGGCUACAUGCAACAGUGGACUGUAUAAACCAGUAUUUCAUCCCUUUCUUGAUCCUGCGAGAGAGAGAAGUGUUCUCAGUUUUGUUUUUUGUUCUACUUCAAAAAGCAACUAUUAUGUUUGUUUUUGUUUUUGUUUUUAAUGGAAAAGACAAACCCCAUGUUGAUCUUGACCAAAUGCGUUUUGCACACGUGUGAAGCCUCCGUUUCUUCGGCGGGCCCUUCUUGAAGGGGUGGCUUGCUGCUCUCCCGGUGUUGGGACCCCUGGUCGUGCCAUCUCCCACCCUUGGCCCAGUCCAGCUUGCCACUGCACUUGCCUGCGAUGCCUGCUGCAGGUUGUGAUUGGUGGGCUGGACAGGUGGUCUUUGCAAUCUCUGCCCUCCCAUUCUUCCCUCUGGUGGUCCCUGCAGACCUCCCUGAGGCAGAAGGUGAGGGGUAUGGGGCCCUGCCAUUGUCCUGCCGGAGAUGGGCAGCAGGGGACUACCAAGCAGUAGCAUUAGCCCUCCGGGCUCAGCCCCUAGGAGGGCCUGGGCCCUGGGCCCUUUUAUAUAUAUUUAUCCACUACUUCUGUCUCUUUCUCUCUGUCUGUAACUGGGAGUGGAGGCCCAGCAGCUGGGGAGAGCUUAGGUGGUGAGGGUCCAAACCUGCCUCCAGGUUCUUCCCCGACCUUGGCUGUCGCUUUGGUCCAGUGGCCACUCCCAGCCCCCUUGUCCCCCUGGAAGCCUGCCUUUUCUCAUCUUGCCCAUGCCUUCUACUGCCAGGAGACUUGCACCCAUUCCAACCCCAGGGCAGGGGCAGGUGGGGCAAGGAUGGACAAGUGGAAGGGGUGCGAGGCUCUGUCCACCCCACUCCCAGUAUCCACAGAACAAAGCCACGGAUUCCGUUAUCCUCCUCCAGUUUUGUUCUUCUCCAACCUCGGUUCUACCAGCUGUCAGGACUGCAUGGGGGCCCGGGGAGGGGUGAGCGGUUGGGCCGGGGUCCCUGAUGGAGCAGCACUCAGCAUGUGAGUGAGGCCACGGAAACUCUGCCCCACUGCAUCUUACCUCACAGGGGUGGCUUUCAGGGAUUCUUUAGGGCAGCAGGUUAAAAUCUUGCCACAGUCGAGAAAUUGACAAAAAGUUUCCAUGCUGUACAUGGUUCUCUUUCUCUCUCUCUUUUUUAUUUUUAAAAAGAAAAACCCAGAAAGAAGCAUCAGAUUUGUGUAAAUGAGGGUAUGCCAGAGGGUGGCCAGUUUUGCUUUAUGAUCUUAUGAAGGAAAAUUUGUGACCCUACCUAUAUAUACACACACAUAUAUAUAUAUAUAUCCCGAACCAGCAACGGGACUUUGUUUAUAUUGCAAAUAAAUAUUAUUUUUUCUUUAAAA